UCUUGAAGAUAUUCACAUGGUAUGUCGAUCCUUCUCGACCUUCUCAAUACCGAUACGGAGGACUCACCGUGUCCACUUUUCAUGGGAAACAGUGCCGAACUAGGAUAUAUAUGCGCUGGACUAAGAUAUGAGUGCCCCACUAUACCACCACCAGCAAGUUUCCUGUUGAAUGGACGAGGACCAUUAGCCGCCAAGAACUUGGAAGGAUUGUCGAUGGAAUAUAUCCUUGAGAGGACACCCACCAAGGAAAGCAUGAAGAUGAGACAAAUGGUGCAGAAUCGGGAAUUCCCUCUUGAACUUCUUAGUGAAUUCUAUCUCCUGCGGUGGUACAGGCACUGCGCCAAUCACUUGGAGUUUCUGAUUCCUCUUUUAAAGCAGCCAUUGACUACCCGGCAAAUCUCAAAGAAAAUGAUGGACUUUCAUAUCAUGUUGGAUAUGGGGGUUACCAUAGAUAAUAAAUGGAUCGAGGAGAUCGUCGCCAGAGAAGCAAUGAAUAAGGUAUUGUUGCAACGUCGGGACCGAAUCGUGAAGGCUGCCCUUCAUUAUAAUGAGGCUGUCGACAUAUCUAGCACUUAUUCGUUAGACUAUUGGCGGGAAGGCUUAGAAGAUGUGAUCAAUCAUCAUCUAAAGUUUCAAGAAAGGAUCGCAUGGGUCAAUUUAGUGCCCAAACUUUUCAUCAAGGCCACUGACAAUGGUCGUUUACAGGUUGCCUUCCUCGUCCCUCCUAAGCUACUGGAAAAAUAUCCAUACAUAAGUUGGGUUGAUCAUAUCAAGACGUUUUUCACCGAUGAUUAUUUUAAUUUUACUUAUAUUCCUCCAAUAAAGGGAGAACCAAUAGCAGUUAAAUUUAUUUACUUGGCUGAAAAUGAAAAAAUUUGGAAGAAACAACUUGAAAAUCAUUGGAAACGGAACAAACCAACAAUUCUUAAUUAUAGUCAACCGAAAUCUUUAAUUGAGCUGAAUUCAAAGGCAAAGAAGACUCUGGAACGUGUGAUAUAUGCCAUGGUUGCAUUGUCUGGGACGGAAACUCCACGGAAAGUUAUGACGAGUUCUAAUUCAACAUGCAAUAUUCUUUCUCAACUCAAUUAUUGCAGCUAUUGUCGUACAACUUCACAUUUAAGAAGGGAUUGUGAAGACUCCCCAUGUCCUAAAUGUCCAGGAAAUAUUCGUCAUCCUCCUUCUAGAUGUCCACUAAACGCCACCAAAUAGGGCCUUUUCAAUUCUUUAACCACCAAAAACAAUAAUACUUCCUCGAUAGAGGAACAAAUGCCUCCACGGUUAGUGGCCCACGGAGCGGCUUGCACACCCCGUAGGGUCGCACUACUCACUUCCCUGCGGGGCUGUGAGACGCUCCGCUGGGGCCCCUGCUCGGGGAGAGCCACUGCGUGGUGCCUAGCUCCUCUGCGAGGAGUCCCCGUGGAUCUGACUCAUAACUUAUAUAGACAAUAUACAAUGAAAAACUAUUCAUUAUCUUCCUCGGUAGAGGAACAAGGGCCCCCACGGCCAGUGGCCCACGGAGUGCCAGCGGAGCGGCUUGCAGAACCCCUAGCAUAACCCUCAUC